UAUUAAACGCCCCCGAGGUCUUUUUCAUUCUCUUUCUUCCCUUCCACUGUACUCCAAAAUCCCGCCUGAACUGACUGACAUGGCCACUCCACCCUCUCCUCUUUCACCAAACCCUAAUUUCACAUUCCCCAAUAUCAUUUUCAUCAUCUUUAUCAUUAUAGUCAUGCACUCAUAUCAAUUCCAAUUCAACCAUACUCUCUCAUUCUAUACUCUAUUUCUUGAACAAUGGCAGAAAUGGAAAACCCGACCCGACCCGGUAUUCUCAAACGGGUCACCACCUUUUUUUCACCUCACGCAACUCUCUUCACUAUCCUAUGGAUUCUCGCAUUCUCCUCCGUGUUUUUCUGGCGACAGAAUGUUGUUGAUCGGUUUUUAGUUUCCCGGUCACCGGAAAAGUGGCCGGAUAAUCCGGAAUUCCGGCCAUUUGUGUUUAAUUUGGUGGAUUUUGGUGGGGUUGGUGAUGGAGUUAGUUUGAAUACAGAGGCUUUUGAGAGGGGUGUGUUUGCGAUAUCGAAGCUUGCGGAGAAGGGUGGGGGUCAGCUUAAUGUGCCUGCCGGGAAAUGGCUUACGGCACCGUUUAAUCUUACGAGUCAUAUGACUUUGUUUCUCGCUGAAAAUGCUGUUAUACUUGGCAUUGAUGAUGAGAAAUACUGGCCUCUAAUGCCUCCACUACCCUCGUAUGGAUAUGGGCGUGAGCAUCCUGGUCCCCGAUAUGGCAGUCUAAUACAUGGUCAAAAUCUUAGAGAUGUUGUAAUUACAGGGCAUAAUGGUACUAUUAAUGGGCAGGGUCAAUCAUGGUGGAUAAAAUAUCGACGAAAACUUUUAAAUUACACUAGAGGCCCGCUUGUGCAAAUUAUGUGGUCAAGUGGCAUUCUAAUUUCUAACAUAACUUUGCGUGAUUCUCCAUUUUGGACUCUCCAUCUGUAUGACUGCAAGAAUAUAACAGUCAGAAAUAUGACAAUCCUGGCCCCAAUCUAUGGAGCUCCAAAUACUGAUGGUAUAGAUCCUGAUUCAUGUGAAGAUAUGUUAAUUGAGGACUCAUAUAUAAGUGUGGGGGAUGAUGCUAUUGCUAUUAAGAGUGGAUGGGAUCAAUAUGGUAUCUCAUAUGGACGACCAUCAAAAAACAUUCAUAUCCGAAACCUUGUAGUCCGUUCCAUGGUCAGUGCCGGCAUAUCAAUAGGAAGUGAGAUGUCUGGUGGAGUGUCAAAUGUCACAGUGGAGAAUGUCCUCUUUUGGAAUUCAAGACGCGCAGUUCGUAUCAAGACAGCUGCUGGGAGGGGAGGAUAUGUUCAAGAUAUUUGCUAUCGGAAUUUGACAUUUAAGGACGUUCGGGUUGGAAUUGUUAUCAAGACAGAUUAUAAUGAACACCCAAACGGAGAAUACGAUCCCAAGGCUGUCCCAGUGCUUCGGGAUAUUAGUUACACAUCAAUCCAUGGAGAGGGAGUCCGCGUCCCUGUUCGGAUACAGGGAAGUGAAGAUAUUCCUGUGAGAAACAUCACUUUCCAGGAUAUGUCAGUGGGAAUCACAUACAUGAAGAAGCACAUAUUCCAGUGUGCUUAUGUUCAAGGCCGAGUAAUAGGAUCUGUUUACCCCGCUCCUUGCAAAAACCUUGAUUUGUAUGAUGAGAAUGAACAGCUUGUGGAGAAGUCCACAUCCCAAAACGUGUCGGAUAUAGAUUACAGUUUUUGAUAAAAUAUGUUUUAGGUGGCAUUGCCUUGCAGAGAGUGGUCAUGGAACUUCCUUCUUUAGUGAUGCUGUUCUUGGUGAAAAUGGCGUAUUAGAGCAUCUCCAAUGGAGCUCCAAUGGUGUAUUGGAGCUCUAUUUCUUGUCUUGCUCUUUAAAUUUGAAGUUAAGAGCUCAUUUAGAGAGCCCCUUGGAGAUGCUCUUAGAGGACACUUUAACCAGUCUUGUUUGUAUUCUCGAAUCAAAUAUGUUUCACUUUUCAACUCUUUGUGGUACACACAAUACAGAGUAUACAGGUAUCAAGUAUCAAGACAAUUAUUGUUAUCGAGGGUUAAACAAUCAUCAUUAUACAAUUGAGGGUUAAACUGUAAUAUCCCAAUCGGUUAGAUAAAGUGUUUGAG